GAGGUCACGGUGCGGCACCCGUCUCCGACGGGGAAAACGCGAAAGCGGAGGCCAAGGGCAAAGGCAAGGGCCCUGGUAAGGCGGCGAAAGGCAAGGGCGGGAUGAGCUACAAGGAGAAGCAACAAGCCGAGCUAGCAGAGAAGGAGGAGAGUUUGUCUGCUCCAGAAGGCUUCACCGGCAAGGAUCCUCUCUCCGAUUGGGAGAUUCAGGUGCUGCACGGUGCGACGGAUCAAGAAGAAGGGCCGCCACUUGGAGAAGACGGAGCCGGAGAUGCCGAGAUUCGAGUAUUCAGGUCGAAAGUUCAUGCCCAGCCGUGGCUACUUCGCUUGCAAGAGGUGUGGUCGAGUCAUCUACCUGGCUUCGGCGAAGUUUGUUCACUGACAGAUCUGGUCCUCCUUUGAGGAGAGCUGCAAGGAUUCGGUGCUCUUAGCCUUGGAGAGCGACGGGCGGGUAGAGGUGAAGUGCGCCGCUUGGCGACUGCGCGCGGGCGGGUGUUUGGAUGUGAUGGGCGGUUAGGAUCUGGGCCUUGCCGAGACUUCACAGAACAUACCAGGAGUCACAUGGAG